AUGGCCUGUUUGGCAGCAACAGCGGCGUUGUUGCUGGCUUUUCCAUUUGUGGAGGGUGAUGUCAGUUGCAAUGCUGACAAGGCCCAGAGCCGUGGUCUGUUGCAAGUUGGCAUGAAGAGCGACGCCUUCCCGACAGAGUCUACCUGGUUGCUUGGGGCUACUGGGCAGAGCUGCGGGGACGUUUGCGGGUCCGCUGGCAAGUUCUGUCACGAGUCCAGCAUGUAUGACGUCGACACCAAAGACGAGAUGUUGGCUGCAGCCCGGAAAGUGGGCCACAAUUGCACCAAGUAUGGCUGGGCCUACGACAAUAACCCGGGGAUUUGUGUGGAUUCCAGCUGCUGUGGUGGCAACUGCAUCGGUCUCUGCUCAUACGGGACGACCAAGGUUCGCACCUGCAGCGGGACCAGCCACUACGCGAGGCUUUGUGAGUGCUUUGCCCAAGCAGAGACCACCAGCACCACGACCCAAGCUGUGCUCUCGCCCUCGAAAGCCAAGCCUCCUGGAUUUACACGCAGCCUCUUCCUCAUGCCGCACGACGUGGAGCUGAUGCUGCUGCUUGCCACCAUCCCUGCAGCCUCGAAGACGGCUGGCGAGCCGGCGCUUUUGGUGAUGCCGGAAAGUGGGAAUGAUGAGACGGCCUUCCUGGACUUUGUCGCGCAGUAUCGCCCCGAGGAGACCUACGCCACCGGUAGUCUGAGUCUGGGCAGUCUGGAAGCGACGCUGGGGGAUGUGAAGGUUGUGGGAGGUGGCACGCCUUGCGAGGCCUCAGAAGCCCUGGCCCGCAAGUUCUGGUCUCAGGCUUCGGAGCUGGUCGUGGCUCGCUGCGACGACUACCCCUCUGCGCUCAUGGCUGCCCCUCUGGCUGCGAAGAAGUCUUCGCCGCUGGUCCUGCUCAGCCAGACGGUGGAUCUGGUGCAGUUGGCUGGGGAUCUCAAGGUGCAGACCCUGCUCUUCGUGGGCUCGGGUUCGGGCCCCGAAGCGCCAGGCCUGCCACAGGUUCACCUGCAGAGUGCAGAGGACGUCUUCGAUGCACUGGGGAAGCCUGACUACCUUGCCAUCGCCAACCCGGCUGAUCGAGAGCUGCAGUCCUACCGUGCUACAUCAGCCCUGGCCCCGCUCCUUGCGGCGCUCCGCGGAGGGGCGGUGCUUCCGCUCUCAACGGGUGCAACUUCCGCCAGCGACGUCAAGGAGGAGAUCCAACAGUUUGUCCUCAGCAAGGGCAUGCCCAAACAUUUGGCCCUCGUCGGUGGACCCACUGCUAUACCGCCUCACUGCCAAACAGGUAGGCUUUUCAACGAGCAGAAGUGCCGAGAUGCCCCAUACGCAGACUUGGAUGAAGACAUUUUUAUGGACGUCGCAUUGGGGCGCGUAGUCGGGCGCGAUCUCUCAUCCACAAGCCUGCUGCUUUCCCGCAUCUCCAACUAUGAGUACGUCCGGGACCCUGAGAGUGAAACGAAGUUUGCUGUCAGCGGGCACUUGAAGACUGCUAUGGCCAACAUCCAGCCCGCCCUCAGGAAUGUGGGCUUCGAAGAGCCAGUGUCGAUUGGCUUCAAGGAGCUUCACAACCUGAAGAAGAUUCACGUCUCUGCCUUCCUUCACACAGACCACUCAGGGGCUGGGGGCAUGGGUAAUUCCCUAGACUUCACGUCCCAAAUCCUGCUCAGUCCGAUGAUGGUAAGCUCUGGCGGCUGCUCAACCGCCGGGUUAGACGAGUUGUCGGACCCCAUGCAUUCCGUCGUGCUGACCAUGCUGCACUAUGGUGCCAUUGGCUUCGUGGGAGGACCACGCAAUGCCAUCACAGCCUCCGGCCUGGUACACAGUGCCCUCUGGAACGGCAUCGCGGAAGGGAAGAGCAUUGGAGAAGCCUUCCUGGAGGGCUGGAACGACGUGGCUGUGAACUACAAGGACCAGGACGGCUACGUCCUGGCAGAAUACGUGAUGAUGAACAUCGCCCUCUACGGCGAUCCCGCUUUCAAGCUCUUUGUCCCAACGUCUCCACAGCAGCCGCUGCCAAAAGUGAUCCUGGACGGUGACACAGCUGAAGUGACAGGGCCUGGGCACUGGACGAAGUUCAAGGCUGACGAGCACGUGACAGAUGAGUGGAACUGGGAUGGUGACCUCUACUACUACGGUGCCGUCGGAGCCCUCGUGCAGAGGCAGUGGGUCGCAAGGUACGAUCGUGAGUGGCCGUACUACUAUGUCAGGAUAAAAACUGACAAGUUUGUGCACGACGUGCUCCCUGUCACUCCCGUGCCAGCAGGCUUGGGCUACGUCGGAGCUUCCAUGUCGCUGCGGGGUGAGUUUUCCGGGUCUGCAGGUAACAAGUGGCACCUGGACGAGCAUGCGGAUGGCACGAGGACACUUAUGUGGCGGGUGCGGCUUCUGGACUACAGCUACGAGACGGGCAUCAUCAACAGCCAAUUCCAUAGCCAACGCUACAAGAUCUCCUUUUCGGAUAUCCCCCUGUCGGACACCACCACCACAACCACACAGAGUUUGCCGGACCCAAUCUCGAUAUGUGAGAAACAGUGCGAGGAGGAUGGCUUCUGCUGUGGUUGGAACAGUGGCUGUGGACGCCCUAGCUGCGUGCUCGGAUGUCACAUCGCCGCAGAGUCCGCCGACGUCACCGUCUGCCAGGAGACCUGUAGGUCCCUGCAUGAUGGACAGGGCUGUUUCCCUAUGGUUGCGGGUCGAUGGGCCAAUGUGUGCUCUUCCUGCCAGGGCUCCUGUUCUGGUCACUGCGAGGGAGAAGGCGGAUGUGAACAUGCGUGCUCCUUGAUGGCCUUUGCCACAACAACGACAACCACUGUUGUGGUGGCGAAUUGGGAGAUUGCCCGUUGCCGCAUGAAGUGUGCGACGGAUGGCUAUUGCUGCGACCGCGACAGUGGCUGUGCGGCCCCAAGCUGCAAGCUGGGCUGUGAGGUUGCAUCAGUUUCACCAAGUGCUAUGACAUGCAAGGAACGCUGCCAAGCAUUGACAGGGCACUGCUUUGUUGACCCUGUCAACAACAGCCUCGGUGAUGUCGGUUUGUGUGGUUCAUGUGGUGCCACGUGUGACGGACACUGUGAGGCUGCCGGUGGCUGUGAGCAUGCGUGUGACUUUGUGAGCUACUAG